AAGCCCCGAGGACGAUCCUGGUUGCGGCGGAUGCAAAGCCGUUUGUAACACAGAAAACGACUGUUGUACUGGAGCUGCAUGCAUCACUGGGAGGUGUUGGCAUCACAUGUGUGGACUUAGAUCUCAAAGGUAAAACGUAGUUCAAACUAGAUAUUAGAGACCUUACAAUUUUAGGACGGCGACGGCCAAAACAAACUCCUUCAAAUAAAUGGUAGCAAAUGAAGUUCGUGGUAUAUUAUCAAUCGUAUGAAUUUAAUACAGUUUUAGAAGUUGAAGACAUUGGUUUUAUGGUUGGGGUUGAAGUUGCACUUGUUGCGGCUUGGAAUGCAGCCGUUGUAUCAAGACGUGAAAAUAUGUGAUUUGGCGUUGUAAGCAGAGUGAGGACAACGUCUAAAUUAUUCAUAUGUUGUAAUUACUCUAUUCUUUUCAAUGAUCUAUUGUAUUGGUAGCCGUUGCCGUCGCGUUGCCGUCCUAAAAUCGUAAGGUCUCUAUUGAAAAACGAUUCAAAGAGGCAUUAAUAAUUCAUGAGGAAAACACAAAGAAAUAUCAUAAGCGUGUCGUAUCAUUAUAUGUGAUAGAGAUUUCCCUUGAUUUACUGUACAUAAACUUUAACUUUGAUUUUCUCGACUUAACACAACGUAUUUUUGAAAAUUACCUCGUGAAUGAACUUACUAGAUCGAUCGUUUUUUAAGCAAUUUAAAAUAUUCGCAGUGCGUGUUUAUCAGACCUAAAGAUACUCGGCUUCGCCUCGUAUCUUUAUAUCUGAUAAAACACUGCUGCUCAUGUUUUAACAAACACUUCAAAACACAAUAAUCAGGAACUUAAAUUUUUUUUCGGCGUAGUAUAUAAUUAUUAAAGAUAUCCCAAGCCGUCAGCAUAAUAACGGCUGGACUAUAUUUUAAUACCAUUCCUUAUAUACUAGUGACGCUCCAAGGACUAGCAAGUUGGAAAAUUUGUUCAAAAGGUAGGACAAGAUUUGUUUCACCACGCAUAUAGUACGUCCAGAGGGCGCUGAAGGGGGCUCUAGAUCCCAUUUCCAAUUCUCAUCAAUUAUUAAAUCGUAACUGAUAAUUUUCACUCUCAUUUUUUCAGAUUCUUGGAAAAAGCAUUGAAAGAAAAGCAUGACGACACACCACGACA